AUGCUCGUUCCUCAGCUGACCGAAGAGCAACACGUGGGAUCGAUGGGAGAUGCGUCCCAGCAGUGCCAAGAUAUGACACUGCUGGCUCCCCGAGACCACAAGAACUACUUCGAGCCACAGCAGUACCUGAAUGAGUACUACGGCUCGAGCAACAUGAUCGGCGGACUGAAGCUGCCCAUCGCCUUUCUGCCCAGCGUCGCUGCUCGGCUACCCCACUGUUCUACCCUGCUGGACGUCGGCUCCGGUCCAACCGUGUACGUAGCCAUGGGCUUUCGGCACAAGGUGGACAAUAUCUACCUGUCCGAUUUCGCUGACCAGAAUCGCAGGGAACUGCAGAAUUGGUGUCGCGGUAAGGCUAACUUCGACUGGCGACCGACAGCCGAGGCGAUCGCUAAACUGGAAGGCAACAGCGACGAAUGGCACAGUGUCGAGGAGGUGGCCCGCAAGCGGGUGAGUGCCAUCCUCUACUGCAAUGUGCACAACAAACCGGUUUUGCCACCGCCGUAUGCGCACAUGACCUUUGACGUUGUGACCAGCGUGUUCUGUCUCGAGUAUGCGUCGAGUACAAGCGCAGAGUACCAGCUGGCCGUCAAAAACCUAUGCUCUUUAAUUAAGCCCGGCGGGUGGUUGUUCCUCGGCGGUGCACUGGAGGAAAAAUUUUAUACGCUCGGUUCGAAGCGAUUCACUUGCUACUACCUUACCGAGGAAGAGCUGCUGCAGGCGCUGCACGAUAACGGCAUUGACGUCCACUCCCAGGACUUCUCCUACUACAACAGCGAUGACGUAUUCGUCGUGUUUGGCAAAAAAGUAUCUAAUUAA